AUGCCGCCGGGCGGAUGGUGCCUGCUUUGCUUUGGCCUGGUCCUGUCCUCCGUCUGCGCCUCCGCUGAGUCUGCGGCGCCCAGCAACUUGACCACAGCUCCUUUGAAUGUCCUUCUGAUCAUCGUUGAUGACCUGCGCCCCUCCCUGGGCUGUUAUGGGGACAAGCUUGUAAGGUCCCCAAACAUCGACCAGCUGGCAUCCCACAGCCUCCUCUUCCAGAAUGCCUUUGCCCAGCAAGCAGUGUGCGCCCCGAGCCGUGUGUCCUUCCUCACUGGGAGGAGACCAGACACCACCCGCCUGUAUGACUUCAAUUCCUACUGGAGGGUACAUGCUGGAAACUUCUCUACCCUCCCCCAAUACUUCAAGGAGAAUGGCUACGUGACCAUGUCGGUUGGAAAAGUCUUUCAUCCUGGAAUAUCUUCCAAUUAUAGUGAUGAUUCUCCAUAUAGCUGGUCUAUUCCACCUUAUCAUCCCUCCUCUGAAAAGUAUGAGAACACCAAGACGUGUAGGGGGCCAGACGGAGAACUUCAUGCCAACCUGCUUUGCCCUGUGGACAUAGCGGAUGUGCCAGAGGGCACCUUGCCUGACAAACAGAGCACUGAGCAAGCCAUACGCUUGUUGGAAAAGACAAAAACAUCAACCCGUCCUUUCUUCCUGGCUGUUGGGUAUCAUAAGCCACACAUCCCCUUUAGAUACCCCAAGGAAUUUCAAAAGCUGUAUCCCUUGGAGAACAUCACCCUGGCUCCUGACCCCGAGGUCCCUGCUGGCCUCCCUCCCGUGGCCUACAACCCCUGGAUGGACAUCAGGCAGCGAGAGGACGUCCAGGCCUUGAACCUGAGUGUGCCCUAUGGCCCAAUUCCUGUGGAUUUUCAGCGAAAAAUCCGCCAGAGCUACUUUGCCUCCAUUUCAUAUUUGGAUACGCAGGUUGGCCACCUUUUGAGUGCUUUGGAUGAUCUCCAGCUGGCCAACAGCACCAUCAUUGUGUUUGCCUCAGAUCACGGAUGGGCACUGGGUGAACAUGGAGAAUGGGCCAAAUACAGCAAUUUUGACAUCACGACGCGUGUGCCCUUGAUGUUCUAUGUUCCCGGGAGGACAGCUCCACUUCCAGAGGCAGGCGAGAAGCUUUUCCCUUACAUCGACCCUUUCAGUUCUGUCCAGGAAUUGAUGGAGCCAGGCCGGCAAGUCACGGACCUCGUGGAACUUCUCUCUCUCUCCCCCACGCUCGCAGGACUCGCAGGACUGCAUGUUCCACCUCGCUGUCCUGUUCCCUCAUUUCACGUUGAGCUGUGCCGAGAAGGCCAGAACCUUAUGAAGCAUUUUCAAGUCGAGGACGUGGAAGGAGACCCGCACCUUCGUGGUAAUCCCCGUGAGUCUAUUGCCUAUAGCCAGUACCCCCGGCCUGCAGACUCUCCUCAGUGGAAUUCUGACAAGCCGAGCUUAAAAGAUAUAAAGGUCAUGGGCUAUUCCAUACGCACGAUAGACUAUAGGUACACUGUGUGGGUUGGCUUCAGUCCCCAUGAAUUUCUGGCUAACUUUUCUGACGUGCAUGCAGGGGAACUGUAUUUUGUUGAUUCUGACCCUCUGCAGGACCACAACAUGUAUAAUGACUCCCAGGGCAAAGACCUCCUCCGAGCAUUUGAUGCCAUUUUUCUCGCCAACCACUGA